UUGAUCUCAUACAUCUUCGAGAGCUUUAAGUCUCAGAUUUCAAGAACGAACAAAAUGGCUUUGGUAAGAAGUCUCUUUAGUGCCAAGAAGAUUCUUGGUGGGUCUUUAGUAGGAAUCAGGAAAGAAACUUCAGCACCAAAAGGGUUUCUUGCAGUAUACGUUGGUGAGAGCCAAGAGAAGAAGCAGAGGUAUGUUGUGCCAGUCUCAUAUUUGAGCCAGCCUUCCUUUCAGGUUCUUCUCAGUAAAGCUGAAGAAGAGUUUGGGUUUGAUCAUCCAACGGGUGGCUUGACGAUCCCUUGCCCUGUAGAUACUUUUAUCAGUAUAACUUCUCAGCUCCACAGUUGAAGAUGAUCCAGCAAAAAGACAUUUAACAUUUUGGUCUUUCUUCUCAAACUAGAGAUUCAGAGUUAUUAUGUAAAUAGAUGACAUUUUUUUACUCCUCCUUUCUUAUUGGAAGUGUUUGUUUCAGAGGUUUACAUAUUUCAAUGUAAAUACAAUUUUUGUGUAACAGAGAUCAGAUCAAUAUAAGUUGCAGAAAUCUUUUUGCUUAUUAAUACACG